AUGGUAAUAUUUCCAAUAUCGUGUUUACUUAUAGUUAUCUUUGCAUUUGAACAUCGACGAGUAUCUUGUAUGAUCAAUCUAUGCCAUGGAUAUUUUGCUUCGCCAGUUCCAUUGGAUUUCUUUGCACAUUCUGAUAGAAAAUUUGUUGCUGUUACUUUUGCUAUCUGUGCCAAUGAGUUAUUGGAAAUAAUAAAUCAAAUGCUCAACGGUUCCACAUCGCCUGAAAAUGGUAUUAUUCUGACUUAUCUUCAGCGCAUUUUACAAGUGUUAGCUAUGGGCUUUCGCUAUUACCCAAUUUUAGUUGCUGUGAAUAGAAAUUCCUUUUUCUCUUUAACAUUGGGUACUUUAUAUAUUUGGUUGGAAUUCCCCAUCACAAUCAUUCAACAAGGUUUCUGCCAGCCAAAAUAUUAUUCCACGAUGGAGAACAUAAAUCGAAGUAGUACAGAACUUUUACUACGUUAUUAUGGGACCGGUUCGUUUCUGGUCAUUAUUGAAUUAGUUACUGAUAUCCCUGGAUACUUUUGUUUCGCUUAUAUAUCAGUUAAAGUACCAGUUCUAUUGUUCGAUAAAAUUCGUCGUCGGCGGGUUCAGGUACUUAAUAGUAAAACAUUGACUCGUGAAGAACGGGCGCUGAUAAAAGUGGCACAAACAAAUUCAGUUGAAAUGAUCUAUGUAAGAAAUUUAAGGCUCACUCAUAAACACCGAUCGAAUCAAAGUAACAUUUUUGCACGAUUUAUACCAAAGAUGAUCUAUGAAUGGCGUGAUGAUUUUCGAUUUUCUUCUCGUGUACUCUGUAUUUAUUCGUCGAUUUUUCUUCUCUUGUAUUUUACAUUGAUUCAAACAUGUGUGCAAAUUUUGCCCUAUAUGGAUUUAUUUCAACGAGGAUUGCAAGAAAUAAUUGAUUUGUGGUUCGGAAAUCGAGGCAAUUCUUCGUUUUCCGUGCCUCAUUUUAUCCGACCAUUUAUCUUGGCAGUAGCGAUAGCAACGAUAGUAAUUGUGGGACAGCUUUCUGUAUUAUUGACUGGUAUUCGUCGGAAUUUAUUGCAGGCUUUUCGUGGUGAUGAUUGUGAAAUUCCACGAGUACAACGUUUAUCAUAUGUCAAUAGUGCUAUCGGUAACUUUCAUUUUGCUGGCUAUCUUAUUGGCUAUGUUGUUUGGGGUUGGAUUCUGCUGCUUUUCUUCACCUUUAUUUUCUUUAUGUGCAUUGAUUUAUUUAUAACAUUGAACGUUUUUCACAUCUUCGAAUCAAUACUUAAAACACUUAUCCCUAUUCUUCUAUUUUAUUAUUUUAAAGAAUUUCUUAACAAAAUUCUUGCUCGAUUCAUGUUCUUACAACAUAAUGGUGAUGCUCUUGCCGUGAACAAUCGGCGUGUUCUUAUGGUUUUUCUUUAUUUUAAUUUCUUUUUGGAUGCAUUUCUCGGUCUUGUAUCAUCGACUUUACGACUUUCGCAAAGUUUGAUUGGCGCAAUUAUCUACAUGUCAAGAUUGGAUUAUUCACCGUUAGGUCGCAAGCUAGAAACCUGGGAUGAUGGAUUCAGUGCCUAUUGUGGUUUUAUUCACAUAGAAUGUGCACAUCGGCAUCCAGUUCUAUUAGUAUUUGUUGGGCAUCUGCUCAGUAUUGUGAAGAGCAAAGACGAUUCUGUGUCGAUGAAAACUGUAAUGACCGAUGCUGAACAUGUCAUUACGGCAGAUGAGCGAGCUGAAAAUACGAGAGCAGAGCAUCGUCGUCGUCAAUGGAUUCGAAAAUGGCAACUAGCCGCAUUUCUCGUGCGAAAUCCAUCAAUCGCCUUCUUUCGCAAAGCAUAUAUAAAUCAGUAUCAUUCAAACAGUCUGAUAGAAGUGUCUAGAACAAUAAACUAUGAUAUUCAAAAAAUUGGAAUACGUCGUUACAUGUCUGUUUAA